AAGCCACGGCCCGGGCCCCAUCCUCACUUUCGCGUUCCCCCCGGGGCCGGGAGCCGCGAAGCUGGCGGAGGGAGAGGCUGGAGGCUGGCUGGGAGAUAAAGGGAAGCGUCCCCUCAGCCCGCGCUCCCUACUCAGUCACGGGCUCCUGGAGCGCGCCGCGGAGGACGCCGGGGCCGCUCAGACCCGCGCUGAGGAGGCGCAGCCCGCGGCGGGGACGGAUCGGCGACAUCUGAGGCCCGUCUCCCGCGCCGUCUCCACCGCCGCCAUGUCCUCCACCUCCUCCUCCCCCAAGGAGGAGACGUACGAGGAGGACCGGGAGUUCGAGAGCCAGGCCAAGCGCCUCAAGACCGAGGAGGGAGAGAUCGUCUAUUCGGCCGAGGAGAGCGAGAAUCGCCAGGAAGCGACGCCUCAGGCGGGGAGCGAUAGCGACAGCGGCGGCGGCGGCGACGGAGGCAGCGGCGGCGGCGGUGGCGGCGACGGCGAGGAAGGCGAAGGUGGAGAAGAGGGCGACGGCGAGGAAGGCGACGAGGGCGACGGCGAGGAGGGAGGUAGCGGCGGCGACGAAGGCGGCAGCGGCGGCGGCCCGCGGAGCAUGCCCCCGUCCACGGAGGGAGGUGGAAGUCAUCAUAAAGUUUCUGUUUCCCCUGUUGUUCAUGUUCGAGGGCUCUGUGAAUCUGUUGUGGAAGCAGACCUUGUGGAGGCACUGGAGAAAUUUGGGACAAUAUGCUAUGUGAUGAUGAUGCCAUUUAAACGACAGGCUCUAGUGGAGUUUGAAAAUAUAGAUAGUGCCAAAGAAUGUGUGACAUUUGCUGCAGAUGUGCCUGUGUAUAUUGCUGGCCAACAGGCUUUCUUCAACUAUUCUACAAGUAAAAGAAUCACUCGGCCAGGAAAUACUGAUGAUCCAUCAGGGGGCAACAAAGUCCUCUUGCUCUCCAUUCAGAAUCCUCUUUAUCCAAUUACGGUGGAUGUUCUGUAUACAGUAUGCAACCCUGUUGGAAAAGUACAACGUAUUGUUAUAUUCAAGAGAAAUGGGAUACAAGCAAUGGUUGAGUUUGAGUCGGUCCUUUGCGCCCAGAAGGCUAAAGCAGCACUCAAUGGAGCUGAUAUAUAUGCCGGAUGUUGCACACUAAAAAUUGAAUAUGCAAGGCCAACUCGUCUAAAUGUUAUUAGGAAUGACAAUGACAGUUGGGACUACACUAAACCUUAUUUGGGAAGACGAGAUAGAGGAAAGGGUCGCCAGAGACAAGCCAUUUUGGGAGAUCAUCCUUCUUCGUUUAGACAUGAUGGCUAUGGAUCACAUGGUCCGUUACUACCUUUACCAAGUCGUUAUAGAAUGGGCUCUAGAGAUACACCUGAACUUGUUGCUUAUCCAUUGCCACAAGCUUCUUCCUCUUACAUGCAUGGAGGAAGUCCAUCUGGCUCCGUUGUAAUGGUUAGUGGAUUACAUCAGCUCAAAAUGAAUUGUUCAAGAGUCUUCAACCUAUUCUGCUUGUAUGGAAAUAUUGAAAAGGUAAAGUUUAUGAAGACCAUUCCUGGCACAGCACUUGUAGAAAUGGGUGACGAGUAUGCUGUGGAGAGAGCUGUCACACACCUUAAUAAUGUCAAACUGUUUGGGAAAAGACUUAAUGUUUGUGUGUCUAAACAGCAUUCAGUUGUUCCAAGUCAAAUAUUUGAACUAGAGGAUGGUACAAGCAGCUACAAAGAUUUUGCAAUGAGCAAAAAUAAUCGCUUUACAAGUGCCGGCCAAGCAUCUAAGAAUAUAAUCCAGCCACCCUCGUGUGUGCUGCAUUAUUACAAUGUUCCACUGUGUGUCACAGAAGAGACCUUCACAAAGUUGUGUAAUGACCACGAAGUUCUUCCAUUCAUCAAAUAUAAAGUGUUUGAUGCUAAAGCUUCUGCAAAAACUCUGUCUGGGCUUUUGGAAUGGAAAUGCAAAACUGAUGCUGUGGAAGCUCUUACCGCGCUCAAUCACUACCAGAUACGAGUCCCAAAUGGUUCCAACCCCUAUACAUUGAAGCUUUGCUUUUCUACAUCAUCCCAUUUAUAAGAAGAGACGAGCAUGUUAGAAUUUAUGUUCAUCUUUAUUACAGUUUUUAAUGCUAUUCUUCAUCCAUAAUACUCUAAAAUGGUUGAUCUAAUGUUGCCUUGCUUACUAUAAGAUCCUGUUCUGUAAUAAACAUAUUUUGCCUCAAGUAAA